AUGGAUUCUCAUAAACUAACGGCGCUUGUUGUUGAUGAUGAUAGGAUGGUUCGAAUUAUCCAUGGAAAGAUGUUGAACAGUGUUGGGGUGAAAAAUCAAGUUGUGCAAAAUGGUCAAGAAGCCAUUAAUGUUCAUCUCUCUGGUCAAACCUUUGACCUAAUUCUAAUUGACCUGGAUAUGCCUAUCAUGAAUGGCAUCGAGGCAAUAAAAGAACUUCGAUCAAUGGGAAUUUGUAGCACCAUUGCUGGUGUUUCAGCACGGUCAAUGGAAUCACAUAUUCAAGAAUUUAUGGAAGCAGGAUUAGAUGAAUACUUAGAGAAGCCUCUUAAUAUUUCUAAGCUUACUUCAUUCAUUCACAAAUUCUAUGUUACAAAUUAA